CCGGCCAUGCUGCGGCCCCGCAGGCCUGCGGAGCUCCUCCGCCGUCGCCUCCCGCUCGCCCUCCCGGCCGCCGCCGCCGGGUUGCACCGGCCGCCGCAGGCCGCCCUGCAGGGGCUGCUGGAGCGCUGGCGGGCGCGGCAUCCUCCCGCGCCCGGCCCCGCCGCGGGCUCUGCCGGCGCCCCGCGCCCCGGGCCGGCGGGUGCAGAGGCGGCCUCGCGAGCCCGGCCCCCCGGCGACGCCGCCCUGCGGGCCCUCUUCGGCUCGCCCGCCUUCUGCCAGAGGCGCCCCGCCCGCCGCCCGGCCGACUGGCUGCCCGGGCGGGUGGACGGCCUGAGCCCCGCCACCGUGGCCCUGAUCGCCAAGUACCUGGCCCGGCACCGCCUGCGGGAGCCGCGCUUGCUGGACAGCCUCGCCGACUUCCUGCUCGCCCGCGUCCAGCAGCUGGACCCCAAGGUGAUCCAGAAGAUGGUCUUCCCCUUCAGCCGCACAAACUAUCGGCCCUCCAACCACCCUGAGCUUUUCUCCCAGCUGGAGUCUGUGCUGGUGCAGAAGGCGGCUGCUUCUCCCCUGGCCACAGUCAACAUCCUCAUGUCCCUCUUCCAGUUGCAACAUUUCCCCUUGGCUGCCCUGCACAAAGUCUUUUCUCCAGUCUUCCUUGGCAAUGUCACCAGUAGCCCCUGUGGGUUGAUUGUACGCCGCUACCUCUCCUUUCUGGACGCAGCUGUUGCCCUGGAAGUCCAACAGUAUGAUGGCCCCCGCCUCGACCCCCAGUACCGUGUGUGCAUGUUUGAUGGCGCUCUCACUGCAGAUGAAGCCAACCACAAGUACAGUUACAAAGGACUUGUGGCAGAGGCUCUCCGGCAGCUUGUAGGUGAAGACGGUUUUCGGCAGAAUGAAGUGCUGCCCCCAGGGUAUUGUGCAGAUUUCCUGCUCUGGAUCUCCCAUUCAGGCUCAGUCCUCCCACUGCGCCAGGUCUCACAACCUUCCCAGGCUGUAAGCCCCCCGGAAACUCCGUAUUUCCAGACUCUCUCCUUGGCUACGCUGCAGGCAUCACUCUCCAGGCAGCAGCGGCUGAGCAGCAGCAUUCUUGUGCCAGAGGAGACCCCGCAGCUGCCGACACCUCAGGGCUGUGGCUGUUGUCCGGGGGAGGAGCCUUCCACAACCACAGCCCUGCCAAGCAGCCCUUUCACGAUGGGCAGCUCUCCAACUGGCUCGCUCUGCAGCACAGCUGAAGCUGCCCCCCACUUCAGUCCCCCCACCCAAGGCAUUGGACCUCAGCAGCACCUGCCAAAGGAGGGGCAUCUCCUCCCAGCAGCCCCAGUGGGCUCCCCAUGCCUGCCCAGCUCUGCAGGAGCAGUGCCAGAUGGAACACAGAAGGCCCAGGGAAUCCACAGAGUGGUGCUGUCCGUCAAUGAUGAAUGGCAUUACUGCCAGAGUUCAUCUGUCCUGGUGGGCUCUCGAGCGAUGCGCAAUCGGCAUCUCCACCUGCUGGGCUACCACCUGGUGCAGCUGCCCUACAAGGACCUGGAGAAAGUGAUCGGCUUGGGAGGGGCCAAGCAGUACCUCUGCCAGAAGCUGAGACGACUGCAGGUGAACGCGUGAGCCUGGGGAGGGGGCGGCUGCUCCUGCUGCUGCAGAAAGGGCUGUGCCCAGGGCCCCUCAGCAGAUGUGGGGCAGUGCCUCGGUUGGAGGGGCAACUGGCCAGUAGAAAGCUCAACGGCAGCAGUGGUGGAGGAAACAGCAGAGUAUACACGGUAGACGCCCUGCUCCAGACACAGAAAGAAAGACUGGCCUAUCGUGAGGCGGCUGGAACAAGUGGAAGAUGGGAGAGAAACGAGGUUGCAAUAAAAUGGAAAGUGGAACCGUU